GCUUAGACACCGAGGUGGGGGGAGGCCUGUGUCUGUAGAAUGAGAGCUAAGACUCUGGACAGAUCCCGGACCCAAGGUUUACCGGCGCUCCCAGACUAGCCCGAUGGAAAUCCCGCCUUCUGGGCGGGCCGUGGACCGAGGGCGCCGUUUCUGAUUGGUCAUACCAGGUGAUGGGCAUGGGAGACAGCGAAGGAGGAGCCGUUCUCUAGGCUUCCGGGCGCCGAGGUUACCGGACUGUGGGAACCGUUGGGGUGCGGGUCGCCGGUGUAGUCCCUUGCGCCUGACAAGAGGACGUGGAGGGUAUGAGCAUGAACAUGGCAGAAGGGGACACCCUGAUAUCAGUGGAUUAUGAGAUUUUUGGGAAGGUCCAAGGGGUGUUUUUCCGCAAAUACACUCAGGCUGAGGGUAAAAAGCUGGGAUUGGUUGGCUGGGUCCAGAACACUGACCAGGGCACAGUGCAAGGACAAUUGCAAGGUCCCAUCUCUGAAGUGCGUCAUAUGCAGGAAUGGCUUGAGACAAGAGGAAGUCCCAAAUCACAUAUCGAUAGAGCAAACUUCAGGAAUGAGAAAGUCAUCGUAAAGUUGGAUUACUCAGAUUUCCAGAUUGUGAAAUAAUGGCCCGAAUUUAAAUUUUCUAAGAUAAACUCACUGGUUUUGUUUUUAUUGGUAAUAUAGAACUAUUCUGUGUUCAGUAUUAGAAUUUGUCAGUAAGUUAUGUUAGUAUCAGAUAUUUGAAUAUCACUGUAUAUGUAUGAUAGAAGGAUGACAACUAACUAUUCACAAUUCUAAUAAAUAAAAACACAUUAGAACCUUC